AUGUUAUUUGGAAGAUGGAGCUUCAAAGGGUGCCUGGCUGAACCGAUCAAGUAUUAUUUUUGCCGGAGGUGAUAAGUGGUCAGUGGAUCCUCGAGUUUCAAUUUCAACAUUGAAUAAAAGAGAUUACAGUCUCCAGAUACAGAAUGUAGAUGUGACAGAUGACGGCCCAUACACGUGUUCUGUUCAGACCCAACAUACACCGAGAACAAUGCAGGUGCAUCUAACUGUGCAAGUACCUCAUAAAUAUUAUGACAUCUCAAGUGAUAUGACCAUCAAUGGAACCAAUGUCACCCUUACGUGUUUGGCCACUGGGAACCAGAGCCUUCCAUUUCCGCGGCAUAUCUCCCCAUCAGCAAAACCAUUUGAAAAUGGACAAUAUUUGGACAUUUAUGGAAUUACAAGGGACCAGGCUGGGGAAUAUGAAUGCAGUGCCGAAAAUGAUGUGUCGUUCCCAGAUGUGAAGAAAGUAAAAGUUGUCGUGAACUUUGCUCCUACAAUUCAGGAAAUUAAAUCUGGCACUGUGACCCCCGGACGCAGUGGACUGAUCAGAUGUGAAGGUGCAGGUGUGCCGCCUCCAGCCUUUGAAUGGUACAAAGGAGAGAAGAAGCUCUUCAAUGGCCAACAAGGAAUUAUUAUUCAAAAUUUUAUCACAAGAUCUAUUCUCACUGUUACUAAUGUGACACAGGAGCACUUUGGCAACUAUACUUGUGUGGCUGCCAACAAGCUAGGCACGACCAAUGCAAGCCUGCCUCUUAACC